AUGGCCUUCUCCAAGAGCCCCAACACCGCCUCGGGUCUCAAGCCCAAGAACAAACUGCGCCGACAGGCCGCGUUCCUCUCGAUCAAGAAAGCGCGUGAAUCGGAAAAGAGAGACGCCAGACUUCGUCGCAAGCGAGAAGAAGACAAAAACCCAGCCCUCCGCGAAGAACGGCUAGCACAGAACAAGCCUGCGACCAUCGACAGCAAGCGUGUGUGGGAUGAGCCCGUCGGUGACGAGGAGGAUGCGCUGGGAUGGGCCAUAGACGUGGAAAGACUCGCAAAGCGGCGAAAGGUGGAGGAAGAUGAGGCCGCACAGAAGGAGGGAGACGAGGGCGAAGAGGAGGGCAUACUAGCCAAAUUGAAGAAGCGCGACCAAGCAAAGGAGGGUGACAGUGACGACGACGACGACGAAGCAGACAGCAUGCUUGACGAAUCUGAGCCCGAGUCCGACCUCGAUUCAGACGACUCCGACCUAGAUUCAGACGCCGCCUCAUCUAAGCCUGGGAAACGCGCAUCCAGUCCCAGCGCUACAUCCACCGCGACAAACCUCGAGCUAUCACCCGAAUUCCUCAAGCAAAAGUUCCCGUCCAUAUUCAACCCUCGCACCGAUGACCCACAGAUCCUGAUAACAACAAGCAUCAACUCGACGCUCCACAAAGAGGCCGAAAUCCUCACCUCGCUCUUCCCCAACAGCACCUACAUAAGACGGACGCAACACGUCCACGCCCACAAGUACAGCGUCAAGGAGAUUGCCGGUUUCGCCAGCGCAAGAGGGUACACGGCGCUUGUUAUCCUGAUGCAAGCCGAACACGAGAAAAAGCCCGACGGACUUGAUAUCGUCACUCUUCCAGACGGCCCCCAUUUCCACUUUUCCCUCACAAAUUGGGUCGAGGGCAAGAAGCUGCCCCGGCACGCAAACGACACAGGACACUACCCUGAGCUGAUCCUGAACCAAUUCAAGACACCGCUCGGUAUUCUCACAGCACACCUCUUCCAGAACAUGUUCCCUGCGAAGCCUGAGCUGGAAGGCCGCCAAGUCCUCACGCUACACAACCAGCGUGAUUACAUCUUCGUGCGAAGGCAUCGUUAUGUUUUCCGUGACAAGCGCGAGAGCGAGAAACCCAUCUUGGGGUCUGAUGGAAAGCCACUUCCAGGCGUUGAGGACGUCAAAGUGGGCAUGCAAGAGAUUGGUCCACGCAUGACACUCAAACUCCGCAGGAUAGAUCGCGGAAUCCAGUUCAAGAGCGGCCAGGAAUGGCAAUGGAAGGGACGUAUGGAAAAGAAGAGGACGAGGUUCAACAUGUAG